AUGACCGCAGUUCCGAGCAGCCCUGGUCCAUCCACCUUAUCCAAGUUCCCAGCCUUCGACCCGCCGGAACAAGACUCCCUCUACAGCGGCCGAAAAUCGCAGUCUCCUGCACGCACAGGGAGCUUUGGGAAUGGUCAUGCCGGAGGCGACCGGUGGCAGGCUCGGAGAAGUAGCGGACCACGAUGGCCCGCGAGCAAUGGAGCUCCAAUGCCAGGGCCGAGACAUUCGCGGCAGAAGAGCUUGAGCGAGGCGAUUCGGACGAUAAGGACGAGGAGGGCGAGCGUGAGCGCCAAUGCACAUGAGAUCGCAGAUGCAUUGAAGGCGCCGAUUUCGCCGAAGCUAGUGGUGCUUUGCGGUAUCUGGUAUGCGGCCUCGGUGAUCUCGAAUACCAGCUCGAAAGCCAUUCUCACGACGUUCCCGAAACCCAUGACCCUCACCAUCAUCCAAUUCGGUAUCGUCCCUACAUGGUGCGUUGUACUGGGCUGGGUAGCAAUACGAUUUCCUGCCGUAGCCCGUGUGGUGCCGGUGCUCAAGAACGGCGUUCAACCUCCAAACCGAGAUCUCAUCCGGGCCACCCUUCCACUCACCGUUUUCCAAAUCGGUGGCCACAUCCUGACCUCCGACGCGACGACACGGCUCCCUGUCUCGCUGGUGCACACCAUCAAGGGCCUGUCCCCGCUCUUCACCGUCAUCGCAUCCCGCUCCCUCCUCAACGUGAAAUACAGCACCCCAACCUACCUCUCCCUCAUCCCGCUCACCAUAGGCGUCAUCCUCGCCUGCUCCGCCAACUUCAGCAGCAACCUCCUCGGCCUCGUCUCCGCCGUCUCCAGCACCCUCCUCUUCGUCACCCAAAACAUCUUUUCCAAGCGCCUCUUCACCGAAGCCGCCCUCUCCGAAUCCACCCCCGACUCCCGCCCCUCCUCCAAAAAGCCCGACCGCCUCAACCUCCUCGCCUACUCCAUGGGCAUCGCCUUCUUCUUCACCUUCCCCCUCUGGCUCUGGUCCGACGGCAUCACCAUCCUCCGAGACCUCCUCACCACCUCCUCCAUCCGCCUCUCCGACCGCCCCGGCGCCCUCGACCACGGCGCACUCACCCUCGAGUACAUUUUCAACGGCACCUUCCACUUCAUCCAAAGCAUCGUCGCCUUCAUCCUCCUCUCCCUCGUCUCCCCCGUCACCUACAGCGUCGCCUCCCUCAUGAAGCGCGUCUGCGUUGUCACCUUCGCCAUCCUCUGGUUCCGGAACUCCUUCUCCAACACCCAGGGCUUUGGCAUCUUCCUCACCUUCCUCGGCCUCUACCUCUACGAUCGCACUAGCGACGCCGCCCGCGCCGACCGUCGCGCCAAGAUGUUUCAGCCCCAGGCUGAACCGCUGUUGCCGCUCGUGGAGAAUCCGGGGGAGUCCGGGAGUCCGCCGGCGGCGAAUGGGCAUCGGUGGGAGGGGAAGCGGGAUGAUGAUCGCAUGCAGCAUGGGAGGACGAGAGGGGAGACGGCGCCGCAGUGGUUACCGCCGGGGACGAAGGCGGAGCAGACGUGGAUUCCCGGGCAAGAUAUACGCGGAAACCAGGUGACGGUAAUAUAA